CCCAUCUCUAAGCAUUUCAGCGGCGGGCUUGAGCUGCUCUUUUCCAACCAACGCAAGCACAGAGUCUCAAUAUCAGCGCGAGAUGCCAAAGGGCAACCUUCAAGCGUAGCGUUUCUCAUUGCAUGGCUAUGCGACAACCUUAUGAAAGAUCCGCGGAAAGACAUGUUCGUCCUGGAUGAUUCUGUACGACCUGGUAUACUUGUACUGAUCAAUGAUGCCGACUGGGAGCUGGAGGGCGAGGACAAGUAUGAGUUACAACCCGGGGACAACAUUGUCUUUGUUUCGACGCUUCAUGGUGGAUGA